AGCAAAGAGCGAGCGCCGGGGAGAGGAGCGGGAGGGAGAGGGGAGAGCGAGCCACACGCACGCAGAGACACACGGUCACCGGAAUUCCAUUAGAAAAAAGUGACACGAGCAGGGGUUAGCGGGAGAAGAUUUUUUUUGAAUCUUUCCUCCGUCUUGUGCGAAAGAAGCGACUCGGGUCUCGCGUCCUCGAAGCUCCCACUGGAUCGUUCCUAGGCGCUGACACCCGUCGGUGGAUUUCUUUCUUAUUUGCGUUUUAUUCUGACCCCCACCCUCGCCACUUCCUUCCAGCCCUUCACUCUCAGAUCGCCUCUCCCCCCACCUCCUCAGUCCCCUCCCGGGAAGCGCAGGGGAAUCGGACCCGCGGGGACUCGCGCCUUCCCGGACGAGCCGAGGGAAGGGCAGACCUGAGGACCGGCUGUCGGCUUGAAGAGCACACACACACACACAGAUACGUGUGUGUUUGAUUUUAGUGGGCAAGGGGGGCGUCGAGACGCGGCCCACCGCCCUCCAUUCCCCCACCCCCUCCAGCCGAAGGCGAGAAUCGCAGGACUCAGGAUCUUCAUCCGGCGGACUAGCUGGGAUCUCCGCAUUGGAUUUGGGGCUGAUUAUCACUGCUUGGCUAUUAUUAUUGUUGUUGUUAUUAUUAUUAUUAUUUUUUAUCCAAGGGAGAAAGACAGAAAAAACUGUGGGAUUUAUUUAACAUGAUCUUGGCAAACGUCUUCUGCCUCUUCUUCUUUUUAGACGAGACCCUCCGCUCUUUGGCCAGCCCUUCCUCCCUGCAGGGCCCCGAGCUCCACGGCUGGCGCCCCCCAGUGGACUGUGUCCGGGCCAAUGAGCUGUGCGCGGCCGAAUCCAACUGCAGCUCCCGCUACCGCACGCUGCGCCAGUGCCUGGCCGGCCGGGACCGCAACACUAUGCUGGCCAACAAGGAGUGCCAGGCAGCCUUGGAGGUGCUGCAGGAGAGCCCGCUCUACGACUGCCGCUGCAAGCGGGGCAUGAAGAAGGAGCUGCAGUGCUUGCAGAUCUACUGGAGCAUCCACCUGGGGCUGACCGAGGGCGAGGAGUUUUAUGAAGCCUCACCCUAUGAGCCGGUGACCGCCCGCCUCUCGGACAUCUUCAGGCUUGCUUCAAUAUUCUCAGGGACAGGGGCAGACCCGGCGGUCAGCACCAAGAGCAACCACUGCCUGGAUGCCGCCAAGGCCUGCAACCUGAACGACAACUGCAAGAAGCUGCGCUCCUCCUACAUCUCCAUCUGCAACCGCGAGAUCUCACCCAGCGAGCGCUGCAACCGCCGCAAGUGCCACAAGGCCCUGCGCCAGUUCUUUGACCGCGUACCCAGCGAGUACACCUACCGCAUGCUCUUCUGCUCCUGCCAGGACCAGGCGUGCGCCGAGCGCCGCCGCCAGACCAUCCUGCCCAGCUGCUCCUACGAGGACAAGGAGAAGCCCAACUGCCUGGAGCUCCGCAGCCUGUGCCGGACAGACCACCUGUGCAGGUCCCGGCUGGCGGACUUCCAUGCCAACUGCCGUGCCUCCUACCAGACGCUCACCAGCUGCCCCACCGACAAUUACCAGGCGUGUCUGGGCUCCUACGCUGGCAUGAUCGGGUUCGAUAUAACACCCAACUACGUGGACUCCAGCCCCACGGGCAUCGUGGUGUCCCCCUGGUGCAGCUGCCGUGGGAGUGGAAAUAUGGAGGAGGAGUGCGAGAAGUUUCUGAAGGACUUCACAGAGAACCCAUGCCUCCGGAACGCCAUCCAGGCCUUUGGCAAUGGUACAGAUGUGAACCUGUCCCCUAAAAGCCCCCCAUUCCAGGCCACACAGGCCCCUCGGGUAGAGAAAACGCCUUCAUUGCCAGAUGACCUCAGUGAUAGCACCAGCCUGGGGACCAGUGUCAUCACCACCUGCACGUCUGUCCAGGAGCAGGGGCUGAAGGCCAAUAACUCCAAAGAGUUAAGCAUGUGCUUCACAGAGCUCACGACCAAUAUCAUCCCAGGGAGUAAAAGGGUGAUCAAACCUAACUCAGGCCCCCGCAGAGCCAGACCGUCGGCUGCCUUGACCGCUGCAUCCUUCCUGAUGCUGAAGCUGGCCUUGUAGGCUCUGGGGAUCCCAUCGGGAGAUUUCUGAAAGCUACACGGAUGAGAACACCCGCCUGACAAAAUGGAAACACACACAGACACACAGACACACACACACAAACACACUUUGCAAAAAAAAAAAAAGAUGUUUUUUCCCACUUUGUCUCUGAACCUGUCUCCUCCCAGGUUUCUUCUUUGGAGAAGCUUUUCUAAACCAAACAGACAAGCAGGCGGGCAGCCUGAGAGCUGGCCUAGAGGCCCCCUGGCCGGGGAAACCCCACGCCGAAGAGGGCACACUGCAGGCCUAGAGAUACUCUUCACUUUUCUCUGGGGGUUUUCCUCUCUGGGCCCUGCUGACAGGAGACCAGACGACACCCGGACUGCCCAGGGACGUGGGCGCGGCCGGGAUGGCUGUUGUUCUUCUCAAGCGCCCCAGUAAGGGGACCUGCGGGGGACUGCGGGGGCCUCGGGCAGCAGGGCAGCGAGGCCGGCCCCGGGGGUCCAGCUGGGCACCGUCAGCGCCUCCACUCAGCUUCCAGGAGGGAGUUAAUUCGCCUCCCUUCUCUGAGGGCUGGAUCUGACCUGUGGACGGCUGUGAUGCUCUCCCCUUGAUCCCCACUGUAGCACAGGGGGGAGGGCCGGGCAGCUCUGGGGGGGCUUGGGGAGCCCAGCCUGCCUGGGAGACCCUGCUGGGGGUUGGGAGCAAAACUUGGGAACCACCUCAAGGCGGCUUCUUCCUCCUUGGUGGCAAAGAACCUCCUUUGAAAUCAAAGAGAAAUGAUUCCUUGUCCACUCCCUUGGUUUCUUGUGGGUCCCUUUGGUUGGUCUCUCUUUGGAGGGAGGGGCCAGGCGCUGAGAGAGACAGAGGAGACCACUGUGGGCUGUCUCCCAGCACCAUGCUCUGGUCUCUGCGACUCCCUCCAUCUCUCUCCUCCCUGCCUCACUCGCCCACCUUCUCUCUUCUCAUUUCUGAGACAUAUGCCCACUGCCCACUCUAUGUACAUAACGCGGCUCCUUUCUCAACAUAUAUGUAUAUACACAUCCGUAUACAUAUAUCGUGUGGUUCCCUCUCCUUUCCUUUUUUUAAGAACCUAUGGAAAUAAUACCCUAACAGAUGAGCGAAAAUGUAUUAUUGUAAAAUUUAUUUUUUUUAAUAAUGUUGUCUAUAAUGGGAGAAGAAAAGGAGGUGGGCUCCCUGUGUUUCUGCCCCAGUCGGGCUGACGGGGUCGUGGAAGGGAGUUUCUGAUUGGUAUCACGCGUAGCCGAGGCUCCAAUAAAUGUACUAGGAAGCAGUCUGCCUUCUGCUUCACUCUGGGUGUGCCGCCUCCCCUGGUUUGUUCUUGGCCCGGUGCCAACGUCUCCGUUGCUUUCCUGGGGGGCCCUGGGAGAAUGUGUGUGUCCACGUGUACCCACGUGUGUCUGUCUGUUGUGUGUCCUCGGGGCAGGUAUUGGAGCUCUGCAGUGAGACGAUUUUACAUUCCCUGGGUCUGAGUUCCUGGUUGUGCUGAGCCUACUGGUUCAUUCACCGGUCAUCUCCUCCUUCCCAUCGCAAACAGGCCAGUGCCUGCUGGCCUCAAACUGGAAGAGAACGGAAGUGGGGAUGGAGGAAGGGAGGCGGCCUGAUGUCACUUCUCUGGACGUGUUUGUUUUAAGGAUGCCUGCUCAGCCCUGUGAGGUGGCACAGUUGGUCUUCCCGUGGGGACUCCUGUUUUUUUUUUAUGUGGUUGUGAAGGUAGGGACCUGGCCCCCUGGGUCCCAGCCUCUGAUGGAGGGGUGGUGAGCCAGCCCACCCUCUUCCCCAGCCACCACUAGCCUUACUGUGGGUAGAGCAAAGUGAAAUGGCCCUUCAGUUGGGAAUCCAUGUUCUUUGCAAACAGCAAAGACUGGUUCACUUAGAAGCCUUUGGGGAAGGUGGCCCACAGAGUGGGCGGCGGGGGGGGACCCAAGGAGGUUUGGGCAGGAACCAAAAGACAUUUGAAAGGACAGAAAGCAGAAUCUACAAUGUCAGAGUGCUGCCCCUUUGUGAUGAAUGACAACAACCAUCAUCCAGUUGGCUGGACUGGGGCCCUGUGCCUAUCUCCUGCCCCCCAGGGUGUCACGUUGUUCAGUCGCUAAGUCAGGUCCAACUCUUUGCAACCCCAUGGACUGCAGUACCCCAGGCUUCCCUGUUCUUCACUAUGGCAUCCUUAAUGGGAGAUAAGCCCUUGGCAUGCAUCAUGGAGAGAGAUGAUUUCCCCAAAGGAAACAGAGGUGCCUUUAUGAAGGAGGAAUAGAGGCUGGAGAGCUUUACUGUGACUUAAAACAUCUCCCCAUUCAGGUAUCCCAUAGCUAAAAUUUUACUAUUAAACAUUCAUUCCUUUGGCUGAGACAAUUCCUGUUCUCCA